AUGACCAUGACAGACAGUAGUUCGCCGGCUCCAGAGGGGCCUGCAGCGCCCGCCGAGGCGGCCGCGCCGGCGAAAGUGGACGCACAGGCGCCGCUGGUGACGCUUCGGCUUCUUCUCUCGCUCAAGGAGGCUGCGCGCAUCCUAGGGCGCGGAGGGAACACGAUUGACAACAUCCGCAAAGCCAACGGCGUCAAGAUUGGAAUUUCGACGAAGGAGAAGUCGUGCUCGGACCGGUUGCUCGAGGUGACAGGCAGCAUCGACGCCGUAGCGAACUCACUGGCGGACGUAGUGAAAGUGUUGACUGCGGACGACACGAACGAGGAAGACGCAGAGCCCGAGCCCGAGCAGCACAUAUUCAAGCACCUCAACUUCAUACUUCCUCCGCCCUCGCCAGACGAGGCCGAGGACCCCAUGAAGGUGAAACAGAUCGGAAACUUGCGUCUCAUCGUGACCAACAGUCAGGUGUCGUCUAUUAUCGGCACGGCCGGCUCCAAGAUCAAGAAGUUGAUAGACACUCACUCCUCCAAGCUCGUAGUGUCCAAGACGUUCUUGCCCGACUCGCAGGAUCGCAUUCUCGAAAUCCAGGGCUUCCCGAACUCCAUCGCAAACUGCAUCAAGGACAUCAGCCAGACUCUCAUCAAGGACGACGUGCUCGACACCAAGGAGAAGCGCUACUACCCCCACUCCAAGCACUCCAAGGACAUUCACGUCACGGCCACCGUGGCCAUCCCCGCCGAGUACGUUGGUGCCUUGUUGGGCCACGGCGGCAACCGCAUCGCCAACUUGCGCAAGUACACGCGAACGAAGAUCACCGUUGCCCAGGAACCCAAUCAGAACAACGAGCGCGAGUUUACCAUCACCGGAAACGACCAGAAGUCUGUCAAACUAGCUCAGAAUAUGAUAAUGAAGAACCUUGGGACCGAGAAGGAGCGCCGCCUGGAGAAGCAGUAG